GCCGUCAUUCGCGGCCUUGGCUGUCAAUCACCGGGUUCUGGCCGGUGAUUCCUCGCCGACACACGAUGAUCGUCGAGUAUUACCAACGGGGGAGAGACCUGUGUAUAAACAACACAGAUCUCUCUCCUGUCAGCUCUUGUACACUGCUUUGUAUGACUCUGCAUAGCAGAGCCAGUGAAAACACACACACAGCACACACAGUAAAACAGCACACAGUUAACCCUUUGAUCGUCCCAGAUGUUAAUCCCUUCCUUUUCAGUGCCAUUAGUACAAUGUCAGUGCUUUUUAUUAGCACUGAUCACUGUAUUGGUGUCACUGGGGAUGUCAGUGACACCAAGUCAGUUCCCCCCAGUGUCAGAAUGCCAGCCGCAGUCCCUCUAUAAGUCGCUGA